AAAAUAUCUUAAGCUCGGAAGUUUAUAAUCCCCCUCAAUCACUUCCAUUAUUUUGAUGUCUUCUGCACUCGAAAAGUUUCAAGUUCUGUACCAGAAAAUCGAAUAAGUAGGUAGCCAAAGAGAAAAAUAAAGUUUUCACAUCCAAUAACUUGUCUUGAAAGAAUCUGAAUGAUUGAAUAGCAUUAAAGAUGCCAAGAAGGCAAAGUCUAGAACGCAAUCCAAGCAAUUCGAGUGACUUAAAUCCACGAAAGAAGAUGAAUAAGGAAAAAGACAUCAAAAAGGCAACAACAACAACAAAUUUAUCACAAUUUUUGUGUCCAAUAUGUUUUAGUACGAUUUGUGAGGCAACAAUCACGAGAUGUGGACAUACAUUCUGUAACAAGUGCAUCCAAAAGUCAAUAGACAUCAACAAGUCAUGUCCAAAAUGUAACAGCACGCUCACGACUGAUCAAAUAUUUCCAAAUUUCCUCCUCAAUGAGCUGAUAUCGAAACAUUUGAUGGAACAGCAGGAAAUGGAAAGAAUGUUUCCAGGAACGCAAGGCAUUGAGGAUGAAGACGGUACAUUGGACAAUCUCAAGUCAUUCCUGACAACAGAAUCAAUUGAGAAAUUGUCACUUCCGGAUAUUAACAUUGUUUUGGAUAUUUUUACACAACGGAAGAUCCUGUUGGAAGCGGAAUCAAUUACAGCACAGAACAAGCUACUUCAUGAGUUCCUGCAGCACUUAAUGAAACAGACAGAACAGCAGCAACGAGAAUUGGAGAAGAAAAUUCGAUUAAUUAAAAAUGACAUUAAGGUUGUCGAGAAUAUCCUCAAAAAUGUCCAAAGUUCAUGUCCAAAAAUUGAGGAUGUCGAGAAGCAGUUUGAGAAGAGCACAGCAAGUUCAGCAUCAGAUCCGAGUGGGUCAAGUUCCGCAGGACAAGAACUCGAUGCAAUUAAGAAUGAAAUGAAGCAAUUAAUCACCGACAUUGACUCAUCGAUGCCAAAUAAUGAUCAACAGACAGCACUUCCGUUGUCACAGUCAUCAACUUAUAAGAUCCGGAAGCAGAGGAUGUUUCAGCAUUUUGAUGACUUUGUCAAGUGUUACUUUACAAAUCGUGCUGAAGAUCUGCACUUUCAGAAUGAAGAGGAACUGAUGAUUACCGAGACAAAUGAGCAGGCAGUUCCAGCACAACCAAUAACACCAGCACCAGAAGUUCCAAAAACAAGCAAAACUUUGGAUGUGUUCAGAGAUAAUCUUGUAAAAUUUAGCAAGUACAAUCAGCUACGGACACUGUCAACCCUCAAUUACUCGAAUGAGAAUACGAUGCUUCCAUCCACAAUUGUCAGUUCCAUUGAGUUUGACAAAGACUCGGAGUUUUUUGCCAUUGCUGGUGUGACUAAAAGGAUUAAGAUCUUUGACUACUACGCAAGUAUUCGCGAUGCUGUUGUGGAUAUUAAGCAUCCAAUUAAUGAGAUGAUCUGCACGAGUAAGAUCUCAUCAAUAUGCUGGAAUUCGUACUUUAAGGAGAUCCUAGCUGCAUCCGAUUAUGAAGGACUUGUGACUGUCUAUGAUGUUGAGACGAGAGCAAGGAAGAGGAUCUUCCAAGAGCAUGAUAAGAGGUGCUGGUCUGUAGACUUCAAUGAAAUUGACACAAAAUUGUUAGCAUCUGGAAGUGACGAUGCAAGAGUAAAGUUAUGGUCAAUUGAUUGUGAAAAUUCAGUUGCAACAUUGGAAGUAAAGACAGCAAAUGUCUGUUGUGUCAAGUUUAAUCCAAAGAGUUCCUGUCAUUUGGCUUUUGGAUCGGCUGAUCAUUGUGUUCAUUAUUAUGAUCUGAGGAAUCUUAAGGAGCCACUGCUGAUUUUGAAGGGUCACAAAAAAGCCGUUUCGUACGUGAAAUUCUUGAAUACAAAUGAAAUCAUUUCUGCUGGAACUGAUGGACAAUUGAAGUUAUGGGACAUCAAUAAGCAACCAUACUGUGUAAGAUCUUUUGUUGGAGGUCACAUAAAUGAGAAGAACUUUGUUGGAUUAGCUACAAAUGGUGACUAUAUAGCAUGUGGAAGUGAAGACAAUUCGUUGUGUAUUUACUAUAAGGGUCUCAGCAAGCAGUUGUUCAACCUCCGCUUCGAUCUUCAGCAACAGCAACGCUACAGCGGCUACGACAUAGACACAAAAGUCGGUUCAUCAGACAACGAGUUCGUCUCUGCUGUAUGCUGGAAAAAGUCACACUCACCAGCCCAACAAUCAAAUGUUAUAAUCGCGGGUAAUUCAAAGGGCAUCAUUAAAAUUUUGGAGCUUGUUUAAGAAUUUAUUUCAAUUUAAAAAAAAUCAAAAGAAUUUUAAGGUUAAAAAUAAAAAUAAAAAAUAUCGCUUAAAAAUGUUAAAAAUUAAAAUAUUAGAAAUCAUAAUAAUUGAUGUGUAGGAAUUGAUAGAAAAUACAUUUAAAAUGUCACGCUUUACACUUUAAACUAGCGAUGCUGAAAAUAUGAAUAUAUUACUAAGUGGGGAUGUGUUGGGUGUGUUGUGGGGGGUUGGGAAUUAACAACUUGAGUUUUUCGAAAUUUUAUAAUUUUUUGAAAUUUUUCGAUUUUUUUCAAUUUAUU